UUUUUUUGACUCUCCAUCACUCCAUUGUGGCAGUGUUGUUAAACAUUUGGAGUCUGCAAACACUAUGUUCUCAUUCAUAUGGUGGAUUAUUGGAUUUUAUUGGGUAUCUGCUGGAGGACAAGAGUUGACCCAUGAUGCACCACAACUUUACUGGCUGUGCAUAGUUUUUCUAGCGUUUGAUGUAUUCUUUGUUGUCUUCUGUGUUGCUUUGGCAUGCGUAAUUGGUAUUGCUGUUUGUUGCUGUCUGCCUUGCAUCAUUGCAAUUUUGUAUGCUGUUGCUGAUCAGGAAGGAGCGUCCGAAGAAGAUAUAUGCCAACUACCAAAGUACAAAUUUCGGAUGAUUGAAGAUUCUGAAAAGUUUGAUGAGAUAUCAGGGCCUUUUAGUGGUAUCAUGACCGAGUGUGGAAGUGAUCCACCUGUGGAACAUGCCCUUUCAGCAGAGGAUGCUGAGUGCUGCAUUUGCCUUUCACCAUAUGAAGAUGGGGCGGAGCUACGAGAACUUCCAUGCAACCACCAUUUUCAUUGUGGUUGCAUAGAUAAAUGGCUGCAGAUAAAUGCCACUUGCCCUCUCUGCAAGUUCAAUAUUAUAAAAGGCAACAAUAGAAGGGAGGAGGUGUAGUUGAUGCUGAUUGCCUAUAUCCUUUGAUCGGAGAUGUUGUAUACUGCCUCAUGAUUCUCAGUAAUGAGUGUCAACUUGUGUGAUUCAGAAAAAAACAAGAAGUGGAGACUUAUUCCACAUUACCUUUCACUAGCUUAUGUUAAAUAGUAGAAAGAUUGUUGUGGGGAACAUGCUUCAAUGUUAGUUCCUGAUUGGUGUGCUCUUCUGAUUGGAUAUUUUCUUUGAAAAUCUAUUUGGUUAGGAUC